AUGGCCUCCCGGCAUGGCGAGCCAGAGGGGCUGGACCUGAGCCUGGAGGAGAUCAUCCGCCGGCAGACUGGGCCUGCGAAAUCUCCCCAGGGGGUUGCGUCGCCUGGGCCAGGUCCAGGGCCGGCCAGGGGCGAGGAGGCCAGGGACGGGGGCCGGAGAGCCGGAAGGGGGGGCCCUGGACAGGGCGGCGGAUUCAGGGGGCGGAGAAUGGGCGGCUAUGGGGGGAUGGGGAGGGGGGGCAGGAAUGGCUGGAACCGGCCGGAGACCUGGGUGGGCUGGGGGGGGUGGGGGGCGAGGGAGGAGAGGGGUUGGGCGGGGGGCAUUGGGCCGCCGAGGGGCGGCGGCGGGAGGAGGUUCGAGGCGGAGGCGAUGCGGAGGGCGCAGUGGGAGGAGAGGCACAGGCGGGUGCGGGCGGCGGAGGCCAGGGCUGCGGAGGCGAGGGCGGCGGAGAUGAGGGCGGCGGAGAGGCGGGCAGCGGAGAUGAGGGCCGCGGAGGCUCGGGAGAAGUGCACCCUGACAACUGUUGGAACAGAUGUCAUCAUCAAGUUGAGAGACACUGAAAUCAUAAAAGUAAAAGAAAAUGGGGACGUUGUGCUGAGCAGCGGUGGGGAAAAAAGUCCAUUGCUGCUGCAGAAGCUCAAUGAGACACUCAACCCAUUGGGGAUUCAGGUGCUUCUGGGGAAGGACAAUAGUGAUUGGAGCGUGAAGGAUGGAAGAACGCUGAUGAGAUUUUAUGAUGGCCUGGUGGUGCAGGCCAAAGGCAUGCAGCACCGCUCCCGCGCUCACGCAAUCCAGAAGAGCUUCAACCAAGCAAAUGCAAAGGCUGCAGUGGAGGCAACAAUGGCGUCAAAUGCAGUUGCUGCUGCGCUGGGUCUUGUGACUGCUGGCAAGCCGCCCAAUGGACAGGGUCCUGAGGGCCGAUAUGCAGGUACGAGUGGAGACAUGCACAUGGGUCAGGGCAUGGGCGGCCGGGGAGGGCCAAUGCACAACCACAGGAUGCCGAUGAACGGUAUUGGCUGCGAGGGACGAAAUGGGAUGGUGGGGGGGAGGUAUGGCUGGAGGGGCGGGAUGCACGGGCACAUGGGGCGGGGCGGCCGCGGCAGUUGUGUGGGAAUGGACGGCUGUAUGGAAGACGACAUAGGGUACAGGAAAUGGGGGGGUGGUGGCUGGGCAGGGCCGCAGGAGCCGCUGCCGGACUGGAGCAGCAACACCCACAGCAUGGGGAACGGCCACCAGGGCGAUGCGAUGGGGCAUGUAUAUGGUGGGCCCCAUCCUGGGGACUUGGAGUUCAUGGACGAGUCGGGAUGGGGGGACCAAGACUGUGGACCCAGGAGGGGGAGCAGCGCCCUGGAUCCUAGGGCCCGGAGGCGCCUCGCUCAGGGGAGGUAUGCACCUUACUGA